AUGAUUUUGGUGCCUCAGUUUGCCUUGAUGCUUGCCACAUCUGGCUUUUUCGCUUCUGCGUACCAGCUUACAGCUUGCACCGACACGAAAUGCAGUGAGAACUGCAAGGUCAUCACGAACGAUGACGUUUCAUCUACAAGCUCCUGCAAUGAUUUCGGAUUCAAUGUUAAGAGCAUCGAGUGGUAUGAUACUCUCAACACUUUCAAUGGUUGGAAGUCAGCUGGAUGCAGCGGCGGUCCUGGUGAUGAGAAUGUUUGGAUUACCUGUGGUAAUACGAAGGGAGAAUGCUACGACAUCACCGAGUCGGAUCUCGGAAAAGAUGGUAUUCAGUACUGGGAGGUUAACUCCAGCGGCGAUCCUACUUCUCCUCUGCACUGA